AUGCUUUCAGCACAAGCAUUUGCUUAUCCUGAACACUUUUUAAGGAAGAAUAACGUUUAUAAUAGUCGAAACAAGGAAGCCAUCACAAAAUCUUCUGCGAAUGUGCUUAAGGGUUAAGGUUUAAAUUACGAUAUUCCAAAGAAUUCAAAGUAGAAAAAAUUAGAGCAUAUCAAUAGAAAAACAAUAAAGGUCAUACAAUUCAGGGAGUGCAUCACUAAAAGAAACAUAGAAUAAAUAUUAGGGUAAUAUUAGUUCAGAAGGAUAUCAAUGGUUGAACAUUAAAGGUAGUUAGAAAUAUACUACAUAAGAUGA